UAUAUAAAACACAGGAAAAUCAUGUUUUUGACUACACUGGGCUUUUAAGAAAUGGGUUAGCAUCAAUCAGCCAGUUUACUCCAAAAGUGCAAUGUUUUUACAGUGAUGACUCCCACUGCUCCCAUUUCCAAUAAACAGUUCUUGAUCAAUGGCCGUAGCUGUAUGGACUUGACAGCAUAUCACUGUCACGAUAGGCUCUAAAGCACUUUCUGACAUUUUGUUUUGAGGUCUGAUAAAUAUUGUUUGUAUAGUUUAGAGAAUCAUUGUUGAAUGUUAGUAAUUGAUUUCAAUGUCAAGGAGACCCAUGAUAAAUGCUGUUUCAUGCAAUAUUUUGUCUAGAGUUAGAUGUUAAACUCCUGGUCUGUCUCUUGUGUGGAGAAUUGAAUUGGUGUUGUAGUGAACUUUCUGAAGUAACUGGAAGAAUGACAGCAGGAGUCAGAAUGGGGAUAUCUGGUUCUUUGUUGAUGACAAAGUGCGUGGGAGAUCAAGGACAGUGAUCUAACACAUUUGUCAUAGUUCAUUAAUACGCAUGGGCAGUCCCUGUCAGGGCAAAGCAUCUAAGAACAUUUCUGUAAAUGUAAUUUUUAUCCUUAUCAGCAGAACGUUUCUGGUAUAUGGUUCAGCCAGUUGAGAGAAACACAGGUUCAACUUCUCUUCUUUUCUAUUACGAGAGGGUCAGUGGUGCAAGUGUUUUAGUGGACAUUUCCACUACAACAAUUUGUGACAUGAAUUCUGUUCCUGUGAUUACUGUAAAACCAUCGAGAGCCCUCUUUGAUGAGAAGUUCCAUGUGGUUGUGGGGAACUUACCACCGACACAGGAGGUCACACUACAUUCUUUACAUCAGUCUGAAGACACAGACUACUGGGAGGCGUUUGGGCACUAUGUCAGUGAUGCUCAGGGAAGGGUCACAGUUGCCAAAGAUGAAAGUUUUGGGGGCACAUAUGAUGGUGUUGAUCCAAUGGGUCUGUUGGGGAGCAUGAGACCAAUACCUGGCAGUAGAACUGGACUCAGAUUCAGGAUCAAAGAAGUCGACAUUCCCAUGGUGGUGCACAUCUCUGUGUACAGGGGACACAUGAGUCAGGGUUUCAGGGAGCAGGCGGCCCUGGCAAGUGUCGUCACAGAGCGCUGGUACAUGGCCCCCGGAGUCCGCAGGGUCGACAUCACAGAGGGAGGGGUCACAGGGACCCUGUUCCUGCCACCAGGUCCCGGACCCUUCCCCGGAGUUUUAGACAUGUGGGGAGGUGGUGGCGGGCUGGUGGAAUAUCGAGCGGCUCUCUUGGCAUCCCACGGCUUUGCUGCCAUGGCAUUAAUGUAUCUCUUCCCAGAUGCACAGAAAGCUGCUACCAUUGGCUACCAUUACAUUGAGAAUGCUUUCAGGCUGCUGCAGGAUCACACUCUAGUGGCCUCUGACAGAAUUGCCCUGCUUGGCACGUCCUUUGGUGCCUCAGUUGCUUUAUCCCUCGCUGUCUUCUCAGAAACUGUAAAACCAAAAUGUUGUGUGUGCAUCAGUGGCAGCCAUGUUCUCACACUCAAAGCCAACCAGUCCAUUGCGGAAUCCUUCAAUGUGAUGAAAGAACACGUCCACAAGUCCUGCAUGGAUGAGAACAAUUGCAUAAUCUGGAGGGACACUCUUCUACCCAUUCCAGAGGAUUCUGACUUGAAAGUAGACGUGGGGAGGAUAACAUGUCCAUUACUACUGGUUGUCGGACAAGAUGAUCAGAAUUUAGCCGCUGUUGAAUCCACUGAUGAUAUGAAGCAGAUGAUGGAGAGAGCAGGGAACAGUCACCUGCUGACCACUCUGUCCUACCCUGGAGCUGGUCACCUGAUUGAACCGCCGUAUGGUCCCCACUGCAGGGCUUGUACCUUUGUGUUGCAGCCAGGCCAACAGAGAGUGGUCAUGCUGUGGGGAGGCCUCACCAAACUUCACGCCGUUGCACAGGAAGACUCAUGGGAGAAGAUUCUAGGUUUUCUGCGAGAGCAUCUCUGUCACAGUGUCAAACCCCAUGUGCAGUCCAGAUUGUGAGCAUUGUUUUACGUCAGGAGUCGUCACUCCUACACGUGGGAGAAAAUUCUAGGUUUUCUCUGAGAGCAUCUCUUCCAGAGCGUUGAACCACAGUCUGGAUUGUGAGGUCAUCAACAUAGAACAAGCAUUUCUUUCUGGGUAAUAUGCACAGAUCUCAACUUAGUUUUCCGUCCUUUGUGCCCAAGCAAUGUCACUGAAUUCUGAAGAGGACUUUGUCUAUUAUUGCUGUAGUUUCAAAUAAUUAAUUAUUUCCUUCCUGUUUUCAAAGACGUCUAUCCACUCCCUGGUAUUUAAUAGUAAAACUACAGUACAGUAGAACUUCAAGGCCACCACAGGUGAAACAGCAUUGUAGGUAGAAUCGUAAUAUUGUUGCCAUACAAUAAAUGUAAACUGAAUAUAUCUAUUUGUUUUUGUUUUU